AUCCUGGAGAUGCACAGGUUUGUGGCUCUGUUGUGCUGGCGUAACACCAACGUGAUGUCCGCUUGAGCCCCUGGACAACAUGACACACCAGGAGGACAUUCUUCUGAAGACUUUGUAUGCAUCAGAGGGACAGAGGGGCUGAUCCAAGGCAGAUCCAAGUGCGUGGAGCUUCACUGGAAAGAACCAUUUUGUCCUAGAAGGAGUUGAGGUGAUCCUGGAUAAUUAUGCCUGAGACUGAAACCCCAGGAGAGCAUCCCUCUGAGCUCCCUCAAGAUCCACACUGGAAGUUCCUGGUUGUCUACCUUUGCUUCUAUGGCUUCAUGACCCAGCUCAGACCUGGCGAGAGCUUCAUCACUCCCUACCUGUUAGGAACAGAGAAGAAUUUCACCAAGGAAGAGGUAACCAAUGAAAUUACACCUGUGCUGUCCUAUUCAUACAUUUUUGUGCUGGUGCCCAUCUUCCUGCUGACGGACUACCUGCGGUACAAGCCAGUGCUGGUGCUGCAGAGCCUGAGCCACAUCUCCAUCUGGCUGCUCCUGAUCUUUGGCACCGGCAUCCUCGCCAUGCAGUUCAUGGAGUUCUUCUAUGGCAUCACCAUGGCCGCGCGGGUGGCCUACUCCUCCUACAUCUUCUCCCUGGUCACCCCUUCACACUAUCAGCGCAUGGCCAGCUAUUCGCGCACCUCUGUUCUCAUGGGAGUCUUCACCAGCUCUGUGCUGGGACAGCUCUGUGUCACAUUUGGAGGCAGCACGUUCAUGACCCUGAAUUAUAUCUCUCUGGGGUUCAUGUGCUUUGGAUUGGUCCUGACUCUCUUCCUGGAACGCCCCAAGCGCAGCCUCUUCUUCAACAGGAGUGAGCCCGUGUGCAACGGCACCUCACCCACGGAGCUGGACAAAAUGAAUGCUGGGGAGCUACCGUGGUACAAGGCGCCCAGCUGGCAGGACCUGGUCUUCAUCCGGAUGCUGAAGGAGCUGGCGGCCAUCGCACGGUUGCCGCAGCUCAGACUUUGGUCCUUCUGGUGGAUAUUUAAUUCUGCCGGCUACUACCUGAUGCUGUACUAUGUUCAGAUUUUAUGGAAUGAGGUUUAUCCCACCAGGGAUAACAGCAGGGUCUACAAUGGAGGUGUGGAAGCGGCUUCUACACUUCUCGGUGCCGUCACCUCCUUUGCAGCUGGCUACGUGAAAAUCCGCUGGGUGCUGUGGUCGGAGCUGGUGAUUUGCAUUGUGACGGCAUUCCAGGCAGGCCUCCUUUUGCUGAUGAACACGACAGCCAACAUCUGGAUCUGCUAUGUGGCCUACAUCUUUUUCAGGGGCUCCUACCAAUUUCUUGUGCCUAUAGCCAUUUUCCAGAUUGCCGCUUCCCUGUCCAAAGAGCUCUGUGCUUUGGUGUUUGGAGUGAACACCUUCCUUGCCACCGUUCUCAAGACUACCAUCACCAUUAUCAUAACGGACAAAAGAGGCCUCGCUCUCUCCGUCCAUCCUCAGUUCUACGUUUAUUUUGGCUACUUCACAUUCUUGACCGUGGUGUAUCUCGCAGCAUCUGUGUGUGUGGCUGUGAGGCACAAUGCACGCAGGAAGCCUCAAGAGGAACGCUGCAGCCCGGAUGGUGAAGUCUCAGGAAAAGACAAAAGCACCGAGCUGGCUAGUGAGUUGGGGAAAGGCGAGAGCCCUGCCUGACCAGCCCCCACGUGGAAGACAAGCUCUCCUUCAGCACCUGAGAAAGUGACCCUGUAUUUCCGGGUCAAUCCAGCAUUGGUUUCAGGAUAUCCAGUCACUGCAUAGGCCAAGAUGGAGAAAGCUUUCUGUGGUUUUGGCAUCAAGCAGUAUGGGACUGAGGGACUGUGGCUUCCCCGUUCUCUUGGGGUCUCAUUUUACUUCUGCAUCCACUCUCUCCAGGGGCAAGCUGUGAGGAGGGAGGCAGCAUACGCCACCAUAGGGCAAAUGUAUGAAUGUGAUUUUAAAUGCAGCUGUUUCCUCACCAGGCAUGUGAGUGAUGCAACAGAGAAAAUAUAUGCAGGCACUUUUUUAACAAAAAGAAAGCAAUUCAACUUUUUAUAAAGUUUUCUAUUGAUUUGUCAAUGCAAUCUGCUGGAAAGGAUGGCGUUACAGGUUUGUUUGGGUUUUUUAAAAAAUUCUCCUGCAGUUCCAGCCCAGGGACCAUUUGAUGUUUACCUAAGUGGAUUCCUAGAGCUCCUCAAACUUUGAGAUAAGAAGUCAGUCUCCUGUUCGUCCCUCUCAGUCAAAGACAGUAGAGGGGAAAAUCCCAAGUCCCUGAAAAUGGAUCUUAAACUUGCAAUCACAAGAGCAGUUCAGAUUUCCAGGGACUUUGAUUCUAGCAGAGACGAUGGACAAUCAGCAUCCCUGAUGAGUCACCCGUCUAGCGCAGGCUUGGGGAAGGGGGGGGGGCUACUGGAUCGGGUAGCCAGUUGUUCUUUAGCGGUUCCAUUUUCUCACUGCAUGUUGUCUCUCUCCCCGCUCUUUUCAGGGAUGUGAUGUUGCUCAGUAGUCAUCCAUCGAAAGGCACUCUGCACAUUAUUUCACGUGUUCUAGGAAUGAGUGAGAGGUUUGUGUCGUCGUACACGCGUAGGACUGUAAUGUCUGAACAACAUGAAUCAAAAGAGGAUAUUGUCCUUUAUUCAGUGCCUUUAGGAAACAGUUUAUAGAACACAACGCACAAAGGUAUAGAAAUCCACAGGCUUUUAAAAUUGCAGUGAGUUUCACAAAAUACAGUAGACAGAAACUGUGACUUGGACAGGUUCUUAUACCCAUCUCCCCCCACCCCACGUAGUAAAAUUCCCGACUGACAGUAAAAAAAGUUGGGUAGAAAUUUAGCACCUGGGCUUUUUCACAGCUGCUUGGGCAUUCGUGUUUAAAAGAAACUGGUACAUGACAAUAUCAAAGUCUGGAUAAGAUGAGAGCAAGGCUGUCAGGCUUUUCUCACUCGGUAGCUUAAAAGCCACCUGGCCACAAACCUCCUUAUGCCAAAUUCACCUGCACUGCUGGGGAACUGAGCAAAGCAGUGAUGUGCAACACCAGAUAGUGGUUAAGUGUGUCCUCUAGUCAUUCCCGGGCCCUGAAAUAUUUACACAUUGUCAGUUGCUUUCUUAAGAGGCUGACAGUAUAGCUAUGAGGAAUGGCUUCGGUCUAGUGGUUCCUGCCACAUAACGGGGGGGCGACAGAGUGAGAAGGAAAAGAGGUGGUUAAAAGGGACCCGUAUCCCUGUCCAGACUAACUCACAGAACAGCCAGAUUAGGGUCAGAGUUCAAGGAGGAUUUAGGAGAAUAGGUAUAAAGCCAAUCAUUGCAUUUAUUGUUAAUCAAAGGGGUGAUGAAGUCAGAAACUUCCAUCUCUACAUUUAAGCUGCAGCUGGAGGUUGAGGAAUGAUGUUGAAGAAGACAGAUGGGCUUCGAGGAUCCUAACUGACCAGGCAGUGGGCCAGGCAGUUUGCACCAGAGCCCAUUCCCCCAUGGACAUGCUUGGUCACGGGGGAGUGUGGCAACCACUUGAGGAGGGCAAAAGGAAAAUGUAAAAAGGUUUUUUUUAAAAAAAAAAUGAGUUUUUUCUCCUCUUCUUUCCAAGCUCAGAGAAAAUAUUUCGGCAAAAUCAACCACCUGAUGUAGUUGUUCUUAAUAGCUCUGGUUCUCUUGCAGAAAAGAUAGGAGGGCCGGGAGAGAAGCACUGUGCAAAGCAAGACUUGUAGCCUUAAUCCAUGUGACUUGCAUUGAUGGGCAGGAUGCUACAAAUCCUGUGACAAGAAUUGGAACCAGAAUAUUGUGACUAGGAGAGCAUUAUUUGACUCUGCAGCAUAAGAGAACCUCAGCAAAAAUACUAGGCCGGCUGCUAUCUCUGACACGGGCCCUUUUCAAACUGCCUUUGUAUUCCGUUUUAGUAACUGGUUGCUAAUGGAUUUUUUCCUGUCAUUUUAGACAGACCCAUUAUUAGUAAGCAGCUGCUAGUGGAAUUUAUGUACCCAUUCAUACAAACCCGCUUGCAUCGGGUUAGCAAAGUGUGGUUGAGCUGCUUUUGAGGGAAACUGCUUUUUUUCUGUUUUCAACCCC